AUGGAAGGCACGUCGCUUGCCCUGCUGAAUGCCGCGCUCUUCGUGAUGCAGGCCGUCGUGAACAUCGUUUACGCCAAGCGAUUCGUGACGGUGACACGCGAGUACGAAACGCUGAUCACGCCUGCAAGUUAUGCCUUGAUGAUGUGGAUUCUCGUCUACGUGCUGGAAGCAGCGCUCGUCAUUGUCGACGUCUUGGCACCACGGUACUCGAUGUUCGCCGACGCCAACCAGCCAGCCCAGCUACGCUUGUGCUUUGGUGCAACGUGCAUCCUCAACACAAUAUGGGUCUUCUUGUUUGUGUCGGGGCACGUGUACGCCUCAACCGUGAUCAUGUUCGCCUUGUGGUUAGCACUAUUGGUGCUCUAUGUGUACGCCGUUAACGAUCGCAACGCGCGCGAGACGGGGCCGUUUGACUGGACACUCUACCUGUGCAAUGAGCUGCCCAUUUCGGUGUACUUUGCGUGGGUCACGACCGUCGCCUUCACGGAGCUCGCAAUGUCGGUGCAGCAUUCCAAUCAAGAUUUCGUGCGCGUCACUACUUACGUCUCCUUCCUCUGCGUUGUCAUCGUGCUGGGACUGCUCACCUCACAUUACGCCCAAGAUUUAGUCGCGGGCCUUGUCAUUGUCUGGUACCUCAUCGCAGUUUCGGUCAAGCACGUGUAUUUUCCACAAUCCGUACAGUGCAUGGACACCACCGUCCGUGCGUGUGCUGGCCAGGGUGCAGCGAUCAUUGUGGCGGUGCUGGUGGUCAACCUCUGUCAGUCGCUUAUGGAAGACAGGUAA